CUACCUAUAAAUUGUUGCAUUAUUUAAAAAUAAUAGUGUACGUAUAGAGGUACAAGGUACUUAUCAAAUUUUAAAAUUAUUUAUAAUUUUUUAUCAAUCUUUAACAUUUAAUUUGUAGUAGGUUUAGACUUUCUGUAGUGUAAAUUGAACCUAGAUAAGCUACUAUUUUCAAUAUACCUACAUAUAAUUGUUAAAAAAUGAACAAUGAUAAAAACAAUUUACAUUUUUGAGCAAACCACCUGUAUGUGGUAAAUGUAUAACGUUAAAGCACUCCUUAACGCCCAUCAAAUCACAUAGUUGUAUCAAUGAUUUUUAGUUUGGAAUUUUUAGAUAUAUUAUAAAAAAAGUCAAAAAUAAUAUCGAUAUAUGUUGAUAAAACUAUAACAUAUAAAUUCCUAAAAACCUAACCUUUACUAUAAGUUUUCGAUUUAUAGUAAUUGUAAAGUAUCAUGUGUGUAAAUGACAUUAAUUCAUUAUCGUUAAAUUUAUACCAAUGCCCUCGAUAAUGAGAUAAAAUACAAUAAUUAUUAUAUAAAUGAAUGUGUGACGAGACCACCGUCGGUCGCAUUUGAUUCUCAGACAUUAUGGUGUAUCUCUUGCGGUGUCCCACACGUCCUGUUUUUUUCUCACACAGCAGUGUGCCAGUAAUAAGUGUAUCGGUGACCCAUUUUUAUAUAGUAACAACAACAACAACAACAACAAUAACAAUAGUAAUAACAAUAAUAAAUAAUGGAGAGCAGUUUUGUAGUAUACGAUACUGUCAUUAUAAUAUACGCUUAAAUUGUACACCUACAUCACGCGCACAGUCGUAGACGCAAUAAACCAGAUUUCUCUCGACAUAACAAUGACGGACACGAUUAUCGCGGCGGACACCAGUCUGGAGAUGGACGACGGCGAAAAUAGCAAACGUUCCGCCACGCGACUGUUGUCCAGGUCGUUGAGCAAGGUCAGCAACGUCACGUACGACACCAAGAAGAACAUGGCGCAGGGGAUGAUGGACAUCGCUCUGCUCACGGCCAACGCCAAUCAGCUUCGGUACAUACUGGAGUUUCGAGGGGUUAACUCUGCGAAUUUCGUUCUGCUGUUGAUGCUGAUCGCGUGCAGCCUCAUAUUACAAGUGAUUGUUGGAACUAUUCUCAUAUUCAAAGGUCGCAUGGCCUGUAUCAGUAGCGGCACAUCCAAUGAGAUAACCAAAGUGGAUGCCAUCAAAUUGAACAACUAUGUUGUCCUCGGAGUUUUUCUUAUAACCGUCAUCAACAUAUUCAUAGCAGCAUUUACAGUAGCACCGGCCUAAUAUAUUACUUAACACAACAAGGUAGCACACAGCACACCACCAACUAAAUAUUAUCUGUACUGCAGCAUAGAAGUAGCGUCCGAUCCGUGAUCUUCAGUUAUAUAACUUUGUUGUAUAAUAAAUUAACAAUUACUAUAUUUUACUUAUUAUAUAAGAAACAUCCAUGCUUUAUGGCACAGCUUGCCAAUAAAUAUGUGUUGGAUUCCAAUUAAUAAAUUCAAUUAAAAAUAUAUAUAAAUAUAAAUUGAUUUCAGAUUGCAUUUUUAUGCUAUAUUUCAAUAAAAAAAAAUGAUUACAGUAUAGUGAGUAUAAAAUAAAAUACAGAAUCAUUAAAUAAAACCAGGGGUGGUAAACGUUUGAAAAAUGAAACUAAAAAAAUAAGCGAUUCAAAAUGUUUUUGUAAAAACAGAAUUAUUUGGCAGGAUAAUUCAAAUUAAUCAAAGUAUUACGUCUGUCAAUACAAACAUAUUGUUCUGUGAUGAGUAGAAUUUUUAACCUAAGAAUAAUAACAACAUCAAAAAUUCUAGACAAUAUUAAGUAACUAAAAUUACAAUCAUAAUCCCCUAUAUCAUUAUUAUUUAUUACUAUUGUAAAAUUAUUAUAAUUUUUAUUGUAAAAUCAAUUGAAUUAUGACUGUGAA